AUGCCGCUGCUGGUGCCCCUGAGGCCGCUGCAGGCCGGGGCGGCCUGGACGGUGCAGGUGCUCGCGGGCCAGGGCCGCCGCCCGCUCUUCUCGGCGUCGCUGUCCAGCCCUGGGGAGCCCAGCGAGCGCAGGAUCAGUGUCGCUGCCGUGCACGGCGCGGGCAGCUCCACCGUGGGCUCCAUCGACGCGCAGCUGCAGAUCUUCGGCGCCGACGGGUCAUGCUUCGGCAGGCUGCAGGGGCGGCAGGACGACUACCUGCUGAUCGAGGCGAGCGGCAGGCCGCCGAAGCUCGCCGUGCGCGCCACGGCCCAGGGCGGCUUCGAGGUGCUGGAGCUGGCCCCGUUCGCCCCGUCGGCGCCGCGGGAACCGCCAAAGUGGGGGCAGUGGCCCGUCCCUGAGGAGUCCCGCCUGGCGGCGUCCGUGUCGCUGCACGGCAACGAGUGCCUGGGCGUCAUGACCACGCCCGGCGUGGACGCGGUGCUCGUGCUCGUCCCGGGGCGAAUGCAAGCUGCUGAUUGCCUCUCUCGUGGCCAGGGGGUUGGGACCCUGGCUCCUGCUUUCGCCCUCGCAAACACUUGA